CAUUUAGCAGUAGUAGCAGCAGUAGCAGCAGCAGUAGCGGCGACGACAGUUGUAGUAGUAGUUGUAGUAGUUGUUGUAGUAGUAGCAGUAUCAGAUGGAACCUUUGCGUUAGAGUCGUGGUUUCCAGCGAUACUAAAUGAGCGCUGCGCAUGAGCGUGUCACAUUCUUAGAUUCCGAUGUUUGUGAUAUUUGUGGCAGACAGACAUUUCAUAACUAUACAUGUUAGUACCGCUUUGUAUACGUAGCUGUUUUUAAGGUGUGUUGUAACAAAACAAUUGCUCGAGGAAACGUUGCGUGUAUAUUUCUAUACUUUUAAUGUUUAACGGUAACACUGGAAGGUUCACUGGCGACUGUCAAGAGUUUAGUUAAUAGUCUGGUUUUACACCACAGCUAAUGACUUUCACCGGUGCCGUAUUUCAUUUUAUUUGGAUUACGCCAUUGAGCGUAUAGUACGGUUAGUGAAUAAGUUAAAUUUCAGUGUUAUACAGGGCAAGUUGUCGAUACCGAACGUUUACUAUGACUAAAAGCUGUCUCUAUACCUCAUUCUGAUGAACAGAAAAUACAAAAUCUACAAAGGUCAGAUCCUGCCCAUGCCCUGUGAGCCUUGUCCUGAGGCUCUCUGUCUCCAGCAGGUCCUGUCAUGUCAGGCAGUUCCAAUCAGUCCUGCCUGAUGGGAGCAGAGGACACUCUCUCCCUCUUGGCCUGUAUAUUUAAUGCAUGGCAGGAGUGGGCGGUCUCUUGGUCAAAUGGAGGACUAUUUCCGUGUUUUUGGAGUACCUGCUGGGGUGUCACCCCCUCUGGCAAUUGUCUUCAUUGUCCUUUCCUUAUUGUUAUCCUCCUUUAUCUCUCUAUACUCUUCCUCAAUGUCUACAAGAGGAAGAAUCAACUUAGAGAAGCUUAUUCUAACAACCUGUGGGAUGGAGCUAGAAAGACCUUGGCUGCUCUCUGGGAUGGACAUGGAACUAUAUGGCAUGGCUAUGAGAUCUAUGGGAUGGAGAAAAUCCCCGAUAAAGGACCAGCACUGAUAGUAUACUACCAUGGCGCCAUUCCUAUUGAUUACUACUACUUCCUUGCUAAUGUCAUCAUCCAGAAGGGGAGAACUUGCCAUUCUGUAGCUGACCACUUCCUCUUCAAGAUUCCAGGUUUUAAGUUACUCCUGGAGGGUGUUGUGUUCAUCCACGGUCCACAGGAGGAGUGUGUCCGGGCUUUGAAAAAUGGCCAUCUGUUGGGUAUUUCUCCAGGUGGCGUGAGGGAGGCACUGUUCAGUGAUGAGACGUACCCUCUUCUCUGGGGAAAACGCAAAGGUUUUGCCCAGGUUGCCAUAGACUCUCAAGUGCCAGUGAUUCCAAUGUUUACUCAAAAUGUGCGGGAAGGCUUCAGAUCUCUGGGAACCCUCAGAUUUUUCCGCUGGGUGUACGAGAGGUUUCGUUCUCCCUAUAGCUCUGUUUAUGGGUUUCCUGUGAAAUUUCGGACCUUUUUGGGUGAUCUCCCUUAUGACCCUACCCUAAAUGCUACAGACCUGGCAGAAAAAGUGCAACAGGCAGUCCAGUCUCUGAUCGACCAGCACCAGCAAAUUCCAGGGAACAUUUUGAGAGCCUUGAUGGAGAGGUUUUACACCAAACACAAAGACUAUUAACAACAACAGGGCGACAGAAUCAAACAGUCCAGUGUGCAAUCAAAGUGGCUCUUGAAUCACUGCAGAUUGCACAGGUUUGGAGGCCUAACACAUUGUAAUUUUGCACAGAUUUCUUCACUGCCCCGAACUCUGACUGCUGUUGAGCUUGAUGAUAUAUGCAUUCUUUGUGUUGCAUGUUCCUGACAAGUUUUUUUCUCUUUAUCUCUCACAAUUAGUUUUGACAUAUACCACAACAAGUAAAAAUAUCACAAUAGCUAUUUGUCAGUCUAAUUAUUUAUUCAUCACAUCAUUUAUAUAUUCCAGUAUAAGCAGUUUAAAGAUUGACCUUCAGACUGAACUGUAGCUUGAUGGUUGAUUAAAGUGGCCUAGAUGAAGUAAUAAUGGAAGUGUCUGUUGAAUGAAGAUGAACACUGAAUGAUGUAUGUAUUUGGUGAACAGGAAGUUUUUAGUAUGUCCUUGAGUGUCUGUCUUUCCAAGUCACAGUUUGCAAAUCUUUUACUUGGUUCAGAGCAAGCUAUGAGGGUCUUUAAAUUAUGCUUAAUGACUGACUGGGCCUCUUAUUAGACACACUCGUUUGACCCUGGCAUCACAGCCAGCAGUCUCCCACUUCUAAAACCUUUAUGCAGUUUAUUAUUAUUAUUUGUUGUAAAGUUGUUGAAAUAAAACACAAAUAGAAUAACCUAAAUAAAGUAUGACAAGAGAGUAUGACAAGAUCUUUCAAUAGGCUUGUGUAUUACACACCAAGAGAAAGCAACAAAAUUUAUUAAUAACUCUUAUUUGUAUCCAAAUGAUUCAUGCAUUCUUUGCAUUCCCUAAAACAAAUUAGUCACCUUCAAUCACUAUCACAUGACUCAUAUGACAUGGUUGGAAAAAAGCAAAAUCAAAAGUCCUGCAUGUUAAAAAUUGCAUUUACAGUGUGUAGUAAUCACAUCACAAACUAGAAGUACUCGGAGAGCGCAGACCUCCGCCAAGGCUGAUCAGUGCCCCCCCCCCCCCCGUGGGCCCCCCCACCCCCGAUCACUACCAAAACUUAAUCAUUUC